AUGCAUCCCGCCCGAUAUUUCAGCGAUUCUUCGCUCGGCAAACAUAUCCGAAGCAUUCGAAACUCGCCACGAGAGGUUAUCUAUAACAGUCAACUCCUCGUCUCCUCGGCUCUUUAUGCCAUGUCCGGCUUGUGCAUCACGUGGGAUCAAGGCUCCAGUUCCGUCGUCCCGUCUCUCCCAGGCUUCUCGAAGGCUUUCGGUAUUACCUCUGCUGCGAAUCCUAGCGAGGUCGCCAACUUUAUAUCAUUCGUCUACCUGACGGCGGGCGUUGGAUCAGCCCUGUCGUUCUUCAUCAACGAUCGAAUCGGACGCCUCUGGUCACUGCGACUCUACUUUGCUAUUUGGAUUAUCGGUCAGCUUAUUGCAACAUUCUCUUAUGGAAACAAGGGUGCUCUCUACACUGCUCGCUUCGUGUCUGGACUUGGCAUCGGUCCUUUGACUGUCACGGGCCCCAUGUCGAUUGUUGAGAUCGCGCCGACCGAGAUUCGUGGCCUCCUGACUGUAUGGUUUAGCGUUGUUAUGCUUCUGAGCUUAACUAUCAGUACCUUGACCGUCUAUGCUUGUUUCCUCCACCUCCCCGCCUCUCAUCUCCAAUACCAAUUCGUAUGGUUCCUUCCUACCAUCAUCUGCGGCAUCAUUAUUGCUGCAAGCUUCUUCGCAUGCGAGUCUCCGCGAUGGCUUAUGCUGGUUGGCCGCAAGGAAGAAGCUAUCGAGACCUUAGUUGCUCUACGAGGUCUACCAGCUGAUCACCCCCGCGUCGCUGGAGAAAUCGCAGACAUUGAGCAGCAGAUCCAAGCUGAAAAGUCGCGAUAUGCUUCAGGCGGCGGUGUGAGAGAUAUCCUGAGAGAGACCUUUAUGGUACCUGGAAACCUUCGAAGAGUCCAACAAUCAUUGAUCUCAUACCUUUUGGCUCAGCUCUCUGGUGCGAACUCUGUUACCAGCUACCUGGUGCCGAUUCUCUCAUUGAUGGGAAUAAACAGCGCUCACGGGAACAACCUAUUCCUGUCGAGUAUGUACUCCCUAUCUAAGUUCUUUUACACGCUUAUCGCCUCCUUCUUUUUCAUUGAUGCUCUGGGACGCCGAAAGUCCCUCUUCAUCGGAAUUACCAUUCAGCUGAUUUCUGAUGUCUACCUCGGAGCCUAUAUCAAGAGUCACCAGGAUGGUUCUGUUGCUCCAGGUGCUUCCACCGCCGCGAUCGCAGCUAUAUUUAUUCAUGGGUUCGGCUACGCUGUUGGCCUCCUGGUUCUUCCAUACGUCUUCGGGGCAGAGCUCUGGCCGAACAGCAUUCGAUCGUUCGGCUCAGCACUAAGCCAGACCUUUCACUGGCUGUUCUAUUUUGGCAUCAAUCGGGCAACCCCUUCUAUUCUCUCCAGCAUGCACAACUGGGGAGCCUUUAUCUUCUUUGCAGGGUGGUGUCUCGUGGCAGUAAUCUACGUAUUCUUCGCUGUCCCUGAGACUGCAGGAUUACCCCUCGAGCACAUAGAUGCUCUGUUUGAGUGCCCUUGGUGGCAGAUCAGAUCAAAGGCCAAGACGCUCCACGUAACUACAAUUUCAGGUUCUGUCGUUGAUGAGGAGAAUAGCCCAGAGAGCCUUGAUUCCAAGUACGAUAAAAUUGCGACAACAAGCAAGCAGACUGAUUCUUGA